AAAAACAAACACUUUGACAAACCAAAAACCCCAUUUGGCGAUUGCCCAUCAUUUGGGCUCUAGGCCUAUAAAUUCACCCAUGAGUUGAAUUCUUAUUUCAUGUACUAUAUUGUUGUUUUUGUGAGGAGAAAAACAUAGUAACAUUAUGGCUUCUAAUUCACUGGUGAAUUAUCAUAAUGGUGAGUUGAUUGCUGAUGGAAUUGUAGAGGCAUUGAAGCAAAACCAUAACUAUAUGAAGAGAUGCUUUGGUAAGUUUGUAGAGAAGGGCAAUAGGAGCUUGAAGAAGAAGGAAUUGAUGGAGGAAAUGGAGCUUGUUAUUGAUGACGAGAUGGAGAGGAAUAGGGUUAUGAACGGUCUUCUUGGUCAUAUGUUGACUUCAACUCAGGUGGCCAUUGUGAUUCCUCCAUAUGUUGCCUUUGCAAUGAGACCAGAACCAGGAUGUUGGGAAUUUGUUAAAGUUAACUCUCUUGAUCUCUCACUCAAAUCUCUCACUUCAACUGAAUUUCUCAAAAUGAAGGAGAUGAUUUAUGAUGAGGAAUGGGCAAAUGAUGAAAAUGCAUUGGAAGUAGAUUUUGGAGCAAUUGAAUUCACAACUCCACAUUUAACCCUUCCCUCUUCAAUUGGAGAAGGUCUUAGUUAUACUACAAAAUUUCUCACCUCAAAGCUAAGUGGCAAGUUGGAGAAUUUACAACCUCUUGUGGAUUACUUGUUGUCCCUUGAUUAUCAAGGAGAGAAACUUAUGAUAAAUGAGACUCUUAACACAGCUUCCAAGCUCCAAAUGGCACUAAUUCUUGCUGAUAUUUUCCUCUCUGUUCUUCCUCCAGACACCCCUUAUGAUAACUUCCAUCUCAAAUUCAAGCAGUGGGGAUUUGAGAGAGGAUGGGGAGAUUGUGCAGGAAGAGUAAAGGAAACUAUAAGAUGUCUAUCUGAAAUAUUCCAAGUCUAUGAUCCAAUCCAAAUGGAGAAGUUCUUCAGCAGGCUUCCUACUAUUUUCAAUGUUGUCAUUUUGAGUCCUCAUGGAUACUUUGGCCAAGCUGAUGUUCUUGGCUUGCCCGAUACCGGAGGCCAGGUUGUGUACAUUCUUGAUCAAGUUAAAGCUAUGGAAGAAGAACUUCUACUCAGAAUUAAGCAACAAGGCCUCAAUUUCAAGCCUCAAAUUAUUAUUAUUACAAGACUUAUUCCAGAUGCCAAGGGGACUAAGUGCAACCAAGAAAUAGAACCUGUCCUUGGGACUAAUUACUCUAAAAUUGUUAGGGUACCCUUCAAGACCGAAAACGGCAUCCUUAACCGUUGGGUUUCUCGUUUCGACAUUUAUCCUUAUCUCGAGAAAUUUGCGCAGGAUGCCACUGACAAAAUAUUAGAGCUGAUGGAAGCAAAGCCAGAUCUAAUUAUUGGAAACUACACAGAUGGGAAUCUUGUGGCAUCUCUCAUGGCCAGCAAACUAGGAGUAACCCAAGGAACUAUUGCACAUGCCUUGGAGAAGACAAAAUAUGAAGAUUCAGAUCUUAAAUGGAAGGAAUUGGACUCAAAGUAUCACUUCUCAUGCCAAUUUACUGCUGAUAUUCUUGCUAUGAAUGCCACUGAUUUUGUCAUUGCAAGCACUUUCCAAGAGAUUGCAGGAAGCGAAGAGAAGCCAGGUCAAUAUGAAAGUCACGAGGCGUUUACGCUUCCAGGACUGUACCGUGUCGUGUCGGGCAUCAAUGUGUUUGAUCCUAAGUUCAACAUUGCAGCACCAGGGGCUGAUCAGUCUGUCUAUUUUCCUUACACGGCGAAAGAACUCCGAUUUGCGUCGUUUCAACCUGCCAUUGAGGAGCUUCUUUUCAGUAAAGUUGAGAACAAUGAGCAUAUAGGAUAUCUAGCUGAUAGGAAAAAGCCGAUAAUCUUCUCGAUGGCACGUCUCGAUGUUGUCAAGAACAUCACUGGGUUGGUUGAGUGGUUUGGGAAGAAUGAGAAGCUGAAAAAUUUAGUGAAUCUUGUUGUGGUUGGGGGAUUCUUUGAUCCUUCUAGGUCAAAGGACAGAGAAGAAAUGGCAGAGAUAAAAAAGAUGCAUGAAUUGAUUGACAAAUACCAACUCAAAGGUCAGAUCCGGUGGAUAGCAGCACAGACCGAUCGGCGCCGUAACGGAGAACUCUACCGCUGCAUCGCGGACACAAAAGGAGCCUUUGUGCAGCCUGCUCUCUAUGAAGCUUUUGGUCUCACAGUCAUUGAGGCAAUGAAUUGUGGUUUACCAACCUUUGCUACAAACCAAGGGGGUCCAGCUGAGAUCAUAGUUGAUGGGAUUUCUGGCUUCCAUAUUGAUCCGAACAACAGCAACGAAUCGAGCCAAAAGAUCGCUAACUUUUUCGAGAAAUGCAAGAAUGAUCGAACCUACUGGAAUGACAUUUCGAACGGCGGUCUGCAACGUAUCGAUGAAUGCUACACAUGGAAAAUCUAUGCAAAAAAGGUGCUGAAUAUGGGAAGCACUUACAGCUUUUGGAAGCAAUUGAAUAAAGACCAAAAGCAGGCAAAGCAAAGAUACAUCCAAAUGUUCUACUAUCUGCUUUACAAGAACUUAGUGAAGACCGUGCCGAUCGUGGUUGACGAAAAUCCGCAGCCUGCAGAUCCAAAGCUACCACAAAUCUCCAAAAGCACGCAAUAUCGGAUUCAAAAGUUUUUUGGAGCAUAAAAAGGUUUAAGCUAAGCAAGAAAACUUUUUUCAGGGUGUUGCCUUUCUACAUGAUUUGUAUUCUCAAGCAAUCAUAUAUGCAUUAUGAUUGGAGUGUAUUAUCUCUUUUCCCUUUAUUGAAGAAGAGAAUAACUUCAAUGGUCUUGAAAUUUAAUAAAGCUUUACUAUGUUUCUUAUGUACCUUCAAAUAUGCAA